AUGGAGACUCCUACUACAACCAAUAUCUAUCCGGAAAUGUCCCCUCCCCUUCUCGAAACUGUUAUGCGAUUGACUAUUGAUAAGGUGAAGACACAGCGUUCUCCCACUGCUGUCCCUGUUGCUUCACAGCCCCAGACUCCACGACCUUCUUCAGGAGGCGGGGAGCAAUCCCAAAGACUUGUUCCCUUCGCACGGUCUAAAUCAACUAGCCUUCUAAGAACUCUCCUAAUAAUUCAAAUCGGUCGAAAAACUAGCCGACUUUUGUCGCUGAUCAGCCAACCGGAUCUAUCCCAAUCUGUCAAACCGAUUCAACAGGUACCAUCGGCACCACUACAACCACCACCAGCUGAAGAGCCGCAGCCUCGGUGUACCCAUGGUGGCAAAAGACGCUCCUCUGAAGACGAGAACAUCCAGACGGAAGGAUCUGCGGUGCCCCUAAGAGAAAGGCCCAACUCUCUUGAAGGCCCCUCCUUGGAGAAAGCGCCUUGUCUGGAGAAAAUUAAUCGAACUUACUCGGUUUCUUGUACUUCAGGAGAAAUCAGUCCAGUUCGAGGGCUUAAUCAACUGAGUCUACAAGCCUCCACCAAUACAACCGUCUCCUAUGGUGAGGACUCUUGUCCACGUUGUCAACGUUGUUCCAUGUGGAUGCAGCAACAACAGCAGUUGCGGCCAAACACCUCAAAAUUCCAGCUCUGUCUGUCUUCAAAAUAUGCAGUUAGGGUGAAUCAGCCGACUCCCUACGAGGGCUCGUCUAUCGAUCGAUAUCGCCACGACGGUGCGAAAAAUCGAUAUUGGGAGGUUUGCUGGUCAAACGCAAGCAGUGUUGAUCAGCUAAUCAUCACAGGCAGGUCAAUUACUUGGAAGUGCACAUCCGAUUUCGAACUCGGAUAUCUCGUACUGGAAGACGAGGAGGAGGAGGAGGAGGAGGAAGAAGAGAAAAAAGAAUGUGACAGCUUUGGUAGUGGUGACGUGGAAACAACAGCUGUGCUUAUGAGAAGGGCUUAA